AUGUUUGCUCGGAGACCAAAGACAACCAUCUUCUUAGCUGCUACUGCUAUAACUGCAGGUACGUUAGUGGUCAGAAGAAAAUAUCAUUCAGGUACUAAAUUCAAUAAUUUCCAAAGCGAUUUCAAUCCUUAUCUAAUCUCUCCAGUAGAGGACGUCGAAAUUAAUUUACCAUCUAGAUCCCAAUUAUGGAAUCAAUUAACUACUAAGGAUCAUCAGUUCGAUCUCUUAAUUAUCGGUGGUGGUGCUACGGGCACAGGUUGUGCUCUAGAUGCAGCUACAAGAGGACUUAACGUCGCUCUUGUAGAGAGAGAUGAUUUCGCAUCAGGUACGUCUUCUAAAUCAACCAAAAUGGCUCACGGUGGGGUUCGUUAUUUGGAAAAAGCUUUUCUUCAAUUCUCCAAAAGUCAAUUGGAUUUAGUCAUAGAAGCAUUGAAUGAAAGGGCUCAUCUUUUAAAUACUGCUCCUCAUCUUUGUAAGAUUUUACCAAUUUUGAUUCCCGUAUACAAUUAUUGGCAAUUACCUUAUUUCUAUGCAGGUUGUAAGUUUUAUGAUUUCUUUGCUGGUGAUCAAAAUUUGAAAAGCUCUUAUUUAAUUUCCAGGAAAAAUGCCAUUGAAAUUGCUCCCAUGUUGGAUGCUGCUAAUUUGAAAGCAGCAUUAGUGUAUCAUGAUGGUUCAUUCAAUGAUUCAAGAUUGAAUUCUUCCAUUGCUAUUACAGCUAUUGAAAAUGGUGCCACUGUUUUAAACUAUGUAGAAGUUAGGAAAUUAUUGAAGGAUCCAAACUCUAACAAAAUUAUUGGAGUUACUGUUCAAGAUAAAGAAACUGGUGAAAUAUCGAACGUUAAAUCAAAGGUAAUUGUAAAUGCUACAGGUCCAUAUAGUGAUACUAUCUUACAAAUGGAUAAAAACCUCUCGGGAUUGCCAGAUCUAGCUAAUAUUGAUCCUAAGAUGUAUGAUCCAAAUGACAUAUCAUCUAAAAUCGCUGUAAGUAAUCCUAAAAUGGUUGUACCAUCUUCGGGGGUUCAUAUCAUUUUACCAUCAUAUUAUUGUCCUAAACAAAUGGGAUUACUUGAUGCAAGAACUACCGAUGGAAGGGUCAUGUUUUUCUUACCAUGGCAAGGGAAAGUCAUUGCUGGUACAACCGAUAUCCCCAUGAGUCAAGUCCCUGAUACUCCAGUAGCUAAAGAAACAGAUAUUCAAGAUAUAUUAAAGGAAUUACAGCACUAUAUUAAAUUCCCUGUUAGGAGAGAAGAUGUCCUAAGUGCAUGGGCCGGUAUUAGACCUCUAGUGAGAGAUCCAAGAUUGAUCAUGGACGAUGCUACACAGAAAUUAGGCACUACUCAAGGUCUCGUUAGAUCUCAUUUUCUUUUCACUUCUGAUAAUGGGUUAAUUACAAUCGCUGGUGGGAAAUGGACUACAUACAGAGAAAUGGCCGAGGAAACAAUCGAUGAGGUUGUUAAAUACGGUCAUUUUGCAAAUUUUGCUAAACCUUGUAAGACAAAAGACUUGAAAUUAAUUGGUGCUGAAAAUUGGGAUCCAAAUUUAGUAGCUUUAUUAUCGCAAAAAUUCAAUUUGUCCUCCAUGAUGGCCAAAUAUUUAUCUGAAAAUUAUGGUACAAGAAGUACUAUCAUCUGUCAAUUAUUUGAAAGGGAAGAAAUGAAUAAGUUACCUGUUCAGCUGGCUGGAAUAGAAGAUAAACCUAUCUUGGGAAAUGUGGAUUUUAAUACUUUUCGUUAUCCAAUUACCAUCGCCGAAUUGAAAUAUGCAAUGAAAUAUGAGUAUGCAAGGACACCUUUGGAUUUCUUAAUGAGAAGAACAAGAUUCGCAUAUCUUGACGCUUAUCAAGCAUUAUUGGCUGUGAAAGGAACUGUGAAAGUUAUGGGAGACGAAUUUGGUUGGGAUUCUAAGAGAAGGGAACAAGAAAUCAAAAAUGCAACGUUGUUCAUUGAAUCCUUUGGUGUUUGA